CCUGGUUCAGUCUGUCGCAACGUUUUCUUCUUUUCUUUGUUUCACUUGAGAAGUUCUGAUGGACGAACUCUGACCGGGUCGAACCGGAUUAAAACUGGACUAAACCCGGAUUAAAGGCGGAGGACCAGCAGGACCCUGACCCGGAGUGGGACCCGGAGCGGAUCAAAGGAGACUGGGCUCUGUUUCAGGUCUGGUUUCUGGGUGUUCGGAUCAGAAUCCGGAUCAUGGGGAAUUAGGACGGACUGCGUGGAAACUUUUAUUUUUGUCUCCAUGGAGAUGGGAGUUUUUCCCGCCAGUUGAGGAGCUGAUCCCUCUCUGAUCGAGUACCAAUACUCUGUAUUGAUCGUGUAUUGAUCAGCGGGAUGGCCGCGCGCCUCUUGCUGCUGCUCGCGCUCUGGACCUGCGCGUACGCCAAGAGCGCGUUCCCGCUGCGACCCGCUUAUAGUCUGUACGCCGGCGCGCACGCGCACGGAGCUCGCGCCGCCAGCAGACACAGGAACUGGUGUGCGUUUGUUGUGACAAAGACGGUGAGCUGUGUGGUCGAGGACGGAGUGGAAACCUACGUGAAGCCCGAUUAUCAUCCCUGCAGCUGGGGGAGCGGACAGUGCAGCAGGGUGGUGGUCUAUCGGACCUACAUGAGGCCGCGUUACAAAGUGGCCUACAAAAUGGUCACAGAGAUGGAGUGGAAGUGCUGCGACGGCUACAGUGGAGAAGACUGCAACGAUGGUCCAGCUGGAGGAGCAGGAACCCAAAUUUCCACCACCAGACCUCAGCCCAGACCAGGACAGGGGGGAGGAGGCAGUUCUGGAUCUGGCCAGAGCGGACGAGUUGAGAACGAGAAGAUGAAGCAGCUGGAGGAGAAGAUCCAGAGUCUGACCAGGAACCUCCAGGACCUUCAGUCCACCCUAAAUAAACACUUGCAGCAGGAGGCCAACAAACCGGGCUUCACCGGAGGAGGAGGAGGAGGUUCCUCUUCAGGAGGAAGGAACCCUGCUGAUGCAGCUCAGCCGGAGAUAAAAGAGACAAUUCACAACAUUCAGACCAAACUGGACCAGCUGGACAACCGCACACAGGCCCACGAUAAAACCCUGGUCAACAUCAGCAACCACCUGGUCAAUGGGAAAGGAAAUGAGCUGGACGGAGGAGGACUGAGUGGAGAGAGGCUGAGCUCGCUGAGGGAGGAGAUCCUGAGGGAGCUGGAGAGGAGGGUGUCGCUGUCCUGCUCUUCCUGUCAGGCCGGCGUGGAGGAUCUGCGCAGACAGCAGCAGGCGGACAGGGAGAGUAUUCGAGCUCUGGAGAAGCAGCUAAAUGCCAUGGACGCUCGGUACCGGCAGGGCCUGGACGGGCUGCGACGGGAGGUGGAGCGUUCGCAGGGAUGCUGCGACGCCGUCGGUGACCUCCAGGACCGCAUCACUGACGCUGAGCGCAAGAUCAGCUCGGCCUCAGAGGACUUUGAUGUUUUGCAGAACCGCCUGGACAAGGAGCUCAGCGGGGGAGGAGGAGGUUUUGAUGGAGGCGUAGGGGGAGGUAGGAGGGAUGUCGUGGUGACGGAGGACAGACUGGACGGUCGACUGAAAGACCUGGAGCGGCGGAUCAACAGUACUGUGCAGCGGACUGAACAGAGCUGCUCAUACCUGGAGAACGACCUGAAGGACUACUUCCACAGAGAACUGGGGGACCUGAGGGCCGUGUUCCUGGACCGCUUCGAUGACCAGGCUUUCAGGAUCGCAGACGUGGAGCUGGAAGUGGGGCUGGUGAAGGACAGGGUGAGCGAGCACCACAAGAGGCUGUCGAAGCUGGAAAACAAUACCUCCCUCCUGAGCCGGAGGCUGGAGGAGUGCGGCUGUGGAGGUUCUGAGGGGGGAGGACGAGGAGGAGGUGGAGGUGGUAGGGGAGAUGGAGGUGGAACAACAGGAGGAGAUGGAGGAGGUAGGGGAGAUGGAGGUGGAACAACAGGAGGAGAUGGAGGAGGUAGGGGAGAUGGAGGUGGAACAACAGGAGGAGAUGGAGGAGGUAGGGGAGAUGGAGGUGGAACAACAGGAGGAGGAGGAGGAGAACUGUUUGGAAUGGGGGGAGAAAGAAAAAAUACAACAGAGAAGUCUCUGGAGUGGAGAGUGGUCGCCAACGAGGAUCAGAUUCGACACUUUAACACUCGACUGAAAGACCUGUCGGUGUCCGGAGACUCUCUGUACGACAAGGUUGUGGACCUGAGCCACGACGUGCGGAAGAUCAAGGCUCUGACGGGGGAUCACGGCGAACACUUCAGUCGCAUCGUGACAGAGGUGGAGCUGCUGGGCCAGGACUGCGAGCUGUGCGGGAAGGUGGAGGACGAGCUGCAGAGGCUAAAGAAUCAUUCCCAGGAUGCACUGGGGCUGAUGCAGAGCCACAUCAACAGCCUUCAGGUCAGACUGGACUCAGGGGGAGAAGGCUGCUCCCAGAUCUGUUCGCACCUGGAGGACGAGGUCCGCCUGCUGCGAGACGACGUCAGCAGGUGCACCGGCCAAUGUAAAACCGGGCCGGACACACCCUCAGGUGGCGGUUCUGGUAGCACUGGUGGUACCAGUGGACGUGGACCUGGGUUGGAUGCUGAGAAGCCUCUAGAUGGCCACAGCGUGAUCGGAGGCUCCAUCAACAACAACCAGCUGAAGACACUGCAGGGCGAGCUGUCCGAGGUCAUCCUCACCUUCAGCUCCAUCAACGAUACCCUGAAGGGGCUCGAACACACGGUGCAGAAACACGGCAGCGUCAUCACCGACCUUGGAAACACCAAGGAUAAGAUCAUCUCUGAGCUGGACAAAAUCCAGCAGGAGGUGACGGAGCACAUCGAGGAGAGCGGGGAGCGCCUGGACGGGAUGGGUCGGGAUGUCCAGCGGUUCGAGAGCACGCUGCUGGUGGAAAUAGGAGACUUUGAAUGUGUGUUUUCAGGGCUGCCUGGUGUCGAUGCUCACGUACCCAGACUGUCCUUCUCUGCCGCUCUCACGUUUCCCAUGGAGAGGGCCGGAACCAUCGUCUUUGACAAGAUCUUUGUCAAUGAAGGAGACUUCUACGACCCGAAAACAGGUAUUUUCACCGCCCCCAUAGACGGACGUUACUUCUUCAGCGCCAUCCUGACCGGACAUAAGAAGGAGAAGAUCGAGGCAGUUCUGUCCAAGUCUAAUUACGGCAUGGCCCGCGUGGACUCCGGAGGCUACCAGCCUGAAGGUCUAGAGAACAACCCUGUGGCCGAGGCUAAAACCACCCCGGGAUCUCUCGCCGUCUUCAACAUCAUCCUGCCUCUGCAGACUCGGGACACGGUCUGCAUCGACCUGGUGAUGGGCAAACUGGCCCACUCUGUGGAGCCGCUCACCAUCUUCAGCGGCAUGCUGCUGUACGAGGACAUGUGAAGAGUUCAUACUGACGAGCAGCAUUGAGAUUCAUGACAGACCUGCAGGAGGCGGCACCAUAAAGUAUGAUGUCACUUCCUCGUUGAAUCUUUUACCUGAACCUUCGGUCCCGGACCCACUUCUGUCUCGGUAUUCUAACAGAUCACAUUGGUUUUAUCGUAUUAUCCUACAGAGCGUUUAUGUCACUUCACAUGUGGAUGGAUUUAAUCCAGUCAGCUGAUCUGAUGUGGUCACAUGACCUAACUUCAGAGCAGCCCUGUGAGGAUCAGCUGAUGCCUGCCGGCCUGCUUCCUGCUGCCGCUUGAAGCUUUGAACACAUGUGUUGAACAGUGUAAUAUGUCGCUGGCGUCUUUGUGUUUGUGGACCAAGGUAUGGGACAGACAAAUGGACGCUCAUCGCCAUCCUUAAGCCCCGCCCCCCAGCAGGUCAGACGUUGUCAUGGCAACAUGACAGAGUGACUCUAAGCUUCAUGUGUUUUCUGAGAUUUGUUCCCACUGUGAAUGUUUUAUAUGAAGCUGCAUCUUGUUCCAUUAGCGUCACAUCACAGCUGUUAUCAAAUCCCAUGAAUAAAUAUUUAGAUCAUUUACUUAAAGGUGCCGUAGAAUCGUCAUUUUCAGGUUCAGACUUAAUGUUUUUAUGUUUAUAAUGUUUAAAAAAACACAUUAUUUUUGUCAUCGUAGCUCCAGCUCCUCUUUUCACCCUCUGACUGAAGACUCAGUGUUAAUUCAUGUCUCUUUAAGCCCCCCCCACCCCCUAAACCCCAGUUGCUUCUGAUUGGCGAACUUCCCCAAGCACAGCAGAGGGGCGGGGCCUAACUGCGGAAACAAAACUUUAUAACUUCAGUCUCUGGUUGAUAGAUUACCGGGUAGUUUAGCUGCUAACUACUGCUAACAGCAGCUGCUGCUAGCCGCUCAGUUAGCUGUGCAGCUAGUCGUCCUGUUGCUGAUUCUACCCGGACUGGAAGCUCGGUGCUCCGUGGGCGUGUUGGCGUUUCCACAUCUAACAUCAGUACAGAAACUUUGGACCGCUGGUUCAGAGCCAGCUGAUCACAGCAGCUAUCGUUAGCAGCAGCUAGCAGUUACUGUAAGGUAAGCAAAAAGGAAAGCCAGAGGACAUCAGAGGAAAAACCGCAAAAGAUUUCCCUUUCCUUCAGAACCGUAAAAACUCUCAACGACCUCCAGCUCCAUCAGCUCGCAUGACCGCUUCUCUGGAACGCGGGCUGGUCUCUGAAACUUUUCGAGGCGUAAACAUUAAAGAUCCCAGAUGUUACAUCACAUCUAGCCCCUUUUUUUACGGGGCCUUCUGCAUGUGAGAGGUUUACAUAUGAAGGAGACCGAGGCUCACGGUGCAUCAGCUCCAUGUUCUGAACUCUUUUUUUAUUCAGCUACACCGAGAUAAAUACAGUUUUCCAUUCUACGGCACCUUUAAAGGCAUAUUAUAUAGAAUAUAAAGUAUAUUCCAAACAAAACUGUGGAAGAAGAAGAAUCCCUCUCGGUAUCACGUGUGAGCAGCGGCAGCGUUUGGCGUGUCUGUGUCUGCAGAGACGCCAAACGCUGCCUGUGUUUUCUUUUUAUUUUGCUGUUCGGGACGUUUCUGGGCGUCGUGAUGUCGUAGCGAGCAGUUACAGACAGCAUUCACACAGAAUCCUUCCCGCAGGUCACGUGGAGGCGUGGCCGCGUUCAUGUGCUUUAGGAUGUAGCUGCCGUGAAACAAGAUCUGGUUCACUGCUUUCUCCUCGCUAACGCCGCUCUCUUUAUUCUUCUAAAUGUUAUUUAAGUAAAAGUUUUAUUUGAGAAAUGUUCCUAAAGCAGUAGAUGUUAGUUUGGCACAGAGGAACAAGAUAUAUCAGCUCUUGUUAGUGGACACAAUCGUGUUGCUUUGAGUCUGAACAUGAGAUUUGUUGACAAAUGUAACACAUAGUUUCGUCAUUCGCACAUGAGGCUGAGAACAGCAGUCUGACGUUUCAUCUGAUGACGCUGUUAGUUUGGAGGAUGAUCACGGUUCUGACAGGAAAUCUGCAACACAUCGACACUUCCAUCAGUAACCUGGUUCUCUCUUCACUGUCUAAUAAACUGAUGCACGACGGAUAUUCAGAGCACUGACGCUCUGAUCAUUUCCAGAGAACGCCACAUGUGACCGAGUGAUGUUAGAAACUUUGUGCUCCGACGGGCUUGAAGGCCGGUUCUAACCUGUUUUAACAUUUAACACUUUUGUGUUGAUGAAUUAUUUUCACUUCAUUAAACACGAGUCAGACCCAGCGGGUUGUUUAACAGUCUGCUGGGUUUUUCAACGUA